AGCAUCGAGGGAUUGGACUCCGAGAGCGGUUCGCCGGCCAUGGAACUGGAGGACCUGCGCUACGUGGCCAGCGGCGGCCACGUGCUGAGCUGCGAGGAGUUCACCUGCCUCCAGGCAGGGCUCAGCUUGCUGAAGGCAAGCGAGUGCCAGGCGCAGUUCUGGGGCAAGAUCCUGGGCAAGGAGUCUGACUACUACGUCGCGUGUGCCGUGAAGGGGUGCAAGAGCGUGUACCCGGCGAAGUGCUUCUACUACGCCGGCGAGGACUUCCACUUCAAAGCUGUGCCUGAACUCACAGAGGAGGUGGGUGAGGCCAUCACCAUGCUGCAGUUAACCUCGCCCUUGACCGGCAAGCCCACCGCCCUCUUGGAAUCCGUGGAAGGUUCAGAGCCCAAGGCGCUCACGGAGCUGAGCCGCCUGGCGCUUCUGAUUCAGGAGAUCGAUUUCGACACCUCGGUGGUUCCAAAAGGCGCCCACGCCUUGAACGAGAGCCAGGUGGUGGUGCCGAACUCCUCCUUCCAAGGCCUGGAGGCUGCGAAGGCGACGUCGUUGGUGAACUACGUACACUUCAGAACUCCAGCUAGCGUGGUAAGCCUGAAGGCCCAAGGCAGCGACUUGGAGUUCCAGUCCAACUUCUUGGACUCUCUGGAGGAUUUGCCCAAGGGCUGUUGGGCUGUGCGCCAGGACGCAGCCACCGCCUUGGUGACUCUGCGCUCCUUGCUUUGGCCCGGCUACUCCGCGUUUCACGUGCCGGGCACCGGAAAGUUCGGCGGUGUCUACUUUGGCUAUGCCUCCAAGAACAACGACCUGGCAUUCCUCAUCUGAGGAGGCCAUCUGCUGGCUGAGGCAACGGUUCACCUGCACCCGGCCGGUGGCAGAACUUGUCGCCCGCGCGUGGGAAUUCGAGAGCUG